AUGGCUGGCUCUGGGCCGCGCCUCUCGGAAGCCUCCCCCCACCCGACCCCGGCGGCCGAUGCGCUAACGGGGGCCCGGGAGACAGCGGCUGGAGGCCAGCCUAGGACGCUAGGGAAGGGAGGCCGAGUCUCCGAUCGCGCUCCGUCCGCGGCCGGGCUCUGUCCUGAGCCCCCAGGGAUGCUCGCGGCUCCCUGCCACCUGUGGGCUCCCAAGCGAGAAGCCGAUGUCCCCUUGCCCCCAACCAGAGUGCAGGGAGACCCAGCCCCCCUGAACUGUUACUUCUUGGGUCCAGAGCCCAUCAUCACCACUCAGCAGUGGCGGCCCCUCAGCCCCCCAGCACCAGGCCAGGGCGGGAAAUGCUCGGCGCCGGCCCCGCCCCCGCGCGCCGGGCCUCAGCGUUGCCAUGGGGAUGGCGCGGUUGCCAGGGCGACCGCCUCCCGCGGGGCCCCGCCAUCCAUCACCGGUGGCGGCAGCGGCGCCCAGGGUGGGGAGGUUCCGGCGCCCCCGGGCUUGGGGAGGGGCUCGUUCGUUGGGUUGAGGGACAGGCUGCUGAGCGAGGACACUGUUCGCCUUGUUGUCUCUGGCCUGGAGAGUGAGCCACACAGUUGUCCUUGUGUGCCUGCAUCCGGCCUGAAUGGCCACUGGACACCAGGGGUCCUGGCGACAGAGACCAGCUCUCAGCAGGAGCGACUCCAGGCCAUUGCGGAGAAGCGAAGGAGGCAGGCGGAAAUCGAGAACAAACGCAGGCAACUGGACGAGGACCGGAGGCAGCUGCAGCAUCUGAAGUCCAAGGCCCUGAGGGAACGAUGGCUGCUGGAGGGGACACCAUCCUCCGCCUCACAGGGGGACGAGGCCAUGCAGAAGCAGAUGCAACAAGACGAGCAGAAGGCCCGGCAGCUGGAGGAAUCUGUGUCCAGGCUGGAGAAAGAAAUUGAGCUACUGGAGAAUGGAGAUGUGGUCCUCAUCAGCAAGGCGAAUACGGCUGCCCCAAGUCCAGCCCGGGCCCCUGCCCUGAGCCCCGCCAAGGAGGAACACAAGACAGAGGUGGUGCUGAACUCACAGCAGACCCCGGCGGGCACGCCUAAAGAGAAGCGUCCCAUCUCUAACAGCCCUGUGAGGACAGUCGAGGGCCCCACCAUGAUGAAGGCAGCCAUGUAUUCGGUGGCCAUCACUGUGGAGAAGGACAAGGUGACCGGGGAGACAAGGGUGUUGUCCAGCACUACCUCGCUCCCCAAGGAGCUGCUCCCUCAGGGCAUCAAGGUCUACGAGGACGAGACCAAAGUGGUCCAUGCUGUGGACGGCACCGCAGACAACGGGAUCCAUCCGCUGAGCUCCUCCGAGGUGGACGAACUCAUCCACAAGGCGGACGAAGUCACGCUGAGCGAGGCAGGGUCCACGACCGGGCCAGUAGAGACCCGGGGGGCUGUGGAGGAGGCUGUCCGGACCACGCCUUCCCGGCGGGAGAUCACCGGAGUACAGGCUCAGCCGGGUGAGGCCACGUCCGGUCCGCCGGGGGCCCAGCCUGGCCAGGAGCCCCCAGUCACCAUGAUCUUCAUGGGUUACCAGAAUGUGGAGGAUGAGGCCGAGACCAAGAAAGUAUUGGGACUUCAGGACACCAUUACAGCGGAGCUGGUGGUCAUCGAGGACGCAGCUGAUGCCAAGGAGGCCGCACCCCCCAAUGGCAGUGCCGCCGAGCCCCCCGUCACUACGGGCUCCAGGGAGGAGAACCAGGCAGGGCCCGAGCCCCCUGCCAGCGACCCCCAGGACCUCGACAUGAAGAAGCAGCGUUGUAAAUGCUGUUCGGUCAUGUGA